AUGCUCCCCUGGAUUUUGCUCUACAAACAAGGCUUUGUCUUCUGUGGGUGGUCACCUUAUAUUUCUGUUUAUUUUUUAUUUUUUGCUAUAGAUGGGCAGAAGAAAGUCCAAGAAGAAUUCGACAUUGACAUGGAUGCACCAGAGACAGAACGUGCGGCUGUGGCCAUUCAGUCCCAGUUCAGAAAAUUCCAGAAGAAAAAGGCCGGAUCACAGUCCUAGUAGGGACGCUCCAUCCCGUCCCACCUGAAGACACCAAGUUCAACCGCCGCCCAUCAAGAAGAGAAGAGAGCACGGUCCUAGAGAGCCACCCACACCCCGUACACACCCUGCUGCAGACCCGAAAUGCAUGUAGAGAAACCCAUAGCAUUUACGCCCCUAGCGGCCCGUGCGCACAAUGAGAUUGUGAGUAGCUUAGUCUCUGUAUCUCCAUUACGAGUCCUCUGCAACUGUUUUCCUUGAUGUUGUAAUAAAAAGGAGGUCAGAUGAGUGA